AUGGCUCUCGAUUCGGCCUUUGCUGAUUUGGCGGAGCGCCUCAAAGGAAUAAAUCUGGAUUCCGAAGCGACCGCGUUGAUGCUGAAUAGCUUUCUCAAGGAGCGACAAGCAGAGCGGGAGCGGGAGGAGCGACGAGCAGAGCGGGAGCGGGAGGAGCGAAACGCAGUGCUCGAGUGCCUCGUGCAAGAUUUUGCGCCUCCUCAAGGCUAUAACCUCGUGAAGCAUCUAGCAAGCAUGUCGGUCGACGACGUUUCCUUUUUGUACACUCUCUGCAAGAAAAACCGUCUUACUUGCGACCAGCUUGAAAACUAUGUGCACAUUCCUGAACACAAGUGGACCCCGAAGGGAGCCUCGUUGCCCACGAACGUGGAGGCCAAAGUGCCCAAGCUGCCACCCUCAGGAACCCGGAAUAUCAGCGACAUCAACGACAACGUCAGAGAAAAAUUCCAUUUUGGCAUUGUGCAACUACCUCCGAGCUGUCAUUACCUGGCUCUUGAGAUUGUCCAGCGAGCUCAAGAGCUUUUGUCUGCCAAUCUACCUCAAGAAGGCAUACAUACGACUUUGCUCCGCGCCUACACAAACGCAUGCCUGACUAACGAAGUGAAGAGCCAUGAGCCACACUUCUCGUCACUGAUUACACUGGCUUUGCAGGACCACUUCAUUGCCCCUGCCCUUGCUGCGACUUCGGCCCAGGUUGCUGUCUCCAGCCCAUCUGAGACGGAGCCGUUGGCUGACACAACCGCAUCCACCCUCGCCACCAAGCAGGCGUCAGUGAGAAACCCCAUUUACUUGGUACACCAGGCAUCUCUUGGCUCAGCCAACAUGCACGCUGACUGGGUGGGGUUUGACGUCCUGCUGCGACCCGUCAUCGUGGGCGAGUGCAAAAUGAGCGCCCAGCACUUUGACGAAUUUGGUGGCCAAGUGGCCAACGAGGUUGUGCGCCUUGGCCUCUUGGGACCGAAAUACCAAAUGCGAAAGGACAGGCAGCACCCACUUCACCCCUUCAUCAACAUUAAUGUGUGUGGUGACAUUGUGACCGCUUAUCUGGUCCUGCACUUGACCAGCAGUAACAUGGUUGCCACGAUUCAAAAGAUGAAGGGCCUUGAGAAGGAAUACUACCUGGCUUUUCUCCGACUUGGAUCCGCCCAAAUCUCCGAAAACCGCGCCGACCCUCAGGCUGUCUGGGCGCUUUUGACCGCUUGCAGAGAGUUUGUGACGGGUCGCCAGCAUCAGAUUAUCGAAAGCGGUCGUCGAUUUCCGCUUGUCUCCGAGCCCUUUCCCUGCCCGGCUCGGGGCAUGGCCGGAUGGACCUGCAAGGAAACGUACGGGCCCAAUGUGCAGCAGUACGUGCAUGACAGUGCGGGCUCGUGGGUCAUCAAGCACUACGACUAUUGGGGCCGCCAAGCCGAGUCUUUGGGUACAACAAUGUACCAGAUUGGCGAUGACACUGCCCGCCUCCCACCAUCACGCGAUCUGCUCCGUGCGCUUGCUGAGUUGCCAGAGACGGGCAAGUUUUACCAGGCGUGGGUGUUGGAGGACCUUGCGACGGGCUUGGUGCUUCUCCGGUACCCACGAGUACAGACGGCCCCGUGCGGCCUUCAGGUGCCGAUGCAGCUGAUCGAUGUCAUGAAGCAGAUGCAAGUGUUGCACAAACUUGACUUGGUGCACGGCGACAUUUUGCAGCGCAACAUUCUCUUUUGCAACAGCUGGCAGCCGGAGGAUUGGAUGUUUCAGCCGCCCAGCUGGGAAAAGAAGGAGGAAGAGGAGGAGGAGGAGAGCCAGCACAGCCCCGAGGCUCAGUCCGGCAAUGUGACGCCAUGUCAAAGCCGUCAGCCCUCGCACGACGAGCUUUCACUGAAAGACCUCUUCGUGGAAGCGGUCGCAGAGGAAGAGACUGUGCAAACGCAGCAAAGGCCGAAGCCGAUGGCUUUCCUGAUUGAUUUCGACCUGGGUGGGCCCUGUGAUGAAGCAACGUAUGGACCUGGUUACAACUACCAAGGCGGCCUUGAAAAGUACCGCCACGCCAAUGCCAGGCCCGGCGAGCGUUUACAAAAGGAGCACGACACCUAUUCUUUGGCACGUGUGGCCGAAGAUCUGCUCGAGGACAACGACGCCCGUAAACGGCUGGUCAGAGCCUUGGAGGCGGUCAAGUUGGACGAGGCGAUUGAGUUGUGCAGAGCCUGCACUGGGCGUUCGGGGCGUGGCUGA